CUACCCGGAUCGGAACUUAAACUCCUGGGUGUUGAUUAGUUCAAACCAGAAACGUCGAGGUGCUCCCGAAAUAUGAUGUAAUAUCAAUUCAAACAUGUGUGUACAUAUGCCCAUGAAGGAAACUCCGCCUUGGAUGUGAGUUUUUGGGAGGUCUUCCUAUAUUUAUUCAUCACACCGGACCAGAAGAAGAAAAGGUGACCCGGUAGUCCCGGGUGGUUUCUGCUCUCUAGAGCCGGCUGGUGACCCUUUUGCCGUCGGCAAGAUGACGUGCCGUGACCGGACCCUCGAGUUCCAGUCAGCCUGUAAAUCCCUCCAGGGCAGACCGAAUGGAGUCCAGCCCAGUAAACCGAUUCACAGCGCGCUCAGGCAGCGCAGUGACUUCACAGUUAUGGCCAAGAGAAUUGGAAAAGACUUGAGCAACACAUUUGCCAAACUGGAAAAGCUCACUAUAUUGGCAAAAAGAAAAUCUCUGUUUGACGACAAGGCCGUGGAGAUCGAGGAGCUGACGUACAUCAUUAAACAAGACAUCAACAGUCUAAACAAACAGAUUGCACAGCUGCAGGACUUGGUGAGGUCCCGCGCAGCUCCAGGUGGCCGACACAUCCAAACCCACUCUAACACCAUAGUGGUGUCAUUACAGUCCAAACUGGCCUCAAUGUCCAAUGACUUCAAGUCAGUCCUAGAAGUCAGAACAGAGAACCUGAAGCAGCAGCGCAGCAGGAGAGAGCAGUUCUCACAGCCCCCGGUCUCGUCUUCUCCUCUGAUGGCCAACAACUUCAGGAGCCGCAAAAAAGGGGCCCAGGAGCCGCAUGCAGCUCGUGAGCCGCGCAAUGGUUACCGGGGCAAUACAACCUCAAAUUUAAAAGAGAGCUCGGUCCUGAUGCAGGAUGAGUCCAGGAGUAUGGGCGACGUAGCCAUCGAUAUGGACUCUCAGACCAAUCCCAUGCAACUCCAGCUUAUUGAUGAGCAGGACUCGUACAUCCAGAGCCGUGCAGACACCAUGCAGAACAUCGAGAGCACCAUUGUGGAGCUGGGCUCUAUAUUCCAGCAGCUGGCACACAUGGUCAAGGAGCAAGAGGAGACCAUCCAGAGGAUCGACGCUAACGUGGAGGACACCCAGCUCAACGUGGAGUCCGCCCACACAGAGAUCCUCAAAUACUUCCAGUCAGUCUCCUCCAACCGCUGGCUGAUGAUCAAGAUCUUUCUCGUCCUCGUGGUCUUCUUCAUCAUCUUUGUUGUCUUCUUCGCUUGAAGAAAAGAGAAGCAGCUAAGAGGAGGGGGGGGAAAGCACACGGAAUGAGGGGAAGUGAAACUAAAGCUGGACUAAGACGACGUAUUUGAAGGACAGACUUCACUUUCAAAGUGACACUUUGAUGGAGGCCUGGGAGCCGCUCAGAUUAGCACAGACUAUUCCCAAGCCACGGACUCUUGAUCUUAAUUCGACAAUUCAGUGAAGAAUGAAGAUGUCGAAUUCUGUCCAAAUGAAAGAAUAAAUUAUCUUAAAUUCCCACUUUGUAUAGAGAGAGCGAGAGCAACAAGUUGCUCAGUAUUGUGCUUUGACCAAUUAUUCAUAAACAUUUAAUCAAAAUGGCUAUAAUUUAAUGGUUUGAUUCUGCAAACUGUCUGUCUAACUAUGGUUUUCUUGUUUACCCCAUGUCAUCGAUUAUGAUGAUUAUCUUAAUGAUCAUAAUUAUCUUAAUGAUCAUAUUAUUUUAAAGCCAAACCACAGAGCUGGAGUUCAUCCUCAGAUCAUUUUGCUUCUUUACGUACCCAUUAUUGAAGAGCAUGCUGUGCCCCGUCUUUAUCAACAAUUCAUCACUUAAUUAUAUCUUUUUUAUUUCUGUUAUGUUUUCAAACUUUAUUUGCCAAAUGGGUACACGUAUAGAACUGUGACACAGUACCAAGACACUUAUUGUGCAUUUCGUGUCCUGAAGGCACAAGAGGUUACAGUUGCAGACGGCUGAAGGGACUUCCUCUGGUGUCAUUCGGAUACAAGCUCUACGAAAUCACAAGAUGUGUCACGAGACUGUUUCAUAUGAAACGGUUUGGUUGUUGGCCUUCAGGCGGGUUGAAAAAGUUUAAACAUUGCACGUUAAAUGCUGCGGAAAGAUUUCAGCACAUGAGUGAAGUACCCGAAGGGUCCAGGUCUGACAUCAGAGCUUAUGAAGGGGUUCGGCUGGCUGUGAAGGCUCUAAUGAAGUGACUCAAUCAGCCAGAUGCCCUGGAAGUGUCUGUUUGGAUGCCACUGUUGUAGUUGCUUCCCCUCUUAAUCUUUCUGAACGUAUCGGAUGUUACUAUAAAUGACCAGA